CGUGCAUUUCAUGCUAAGGCGCGUCAACGUUCUGACGUCACGUCAUGAACACGCAGCCCGGCACUAGUCUUUAAUAACAUUUUGGACUUGAGUUUUCGGAAGGUUCGGACUGGAGCAAACGUCUGGUAGGAACUACACCUGAGAAGAACCAUGUGGGUCGUCUGCUGCAUCCUCCUGGCGUUGUUGCCACUAACCUCAGCCCAGACGUACCACUGGGGAGCCUGUCCAAGCCCUAAGGUGCAGCCCAACUUCGAUAUCCAGCAGUAUUUAGGGAAGUGGUACGAGAUCGCCAAGCUGCCCGCCGCCUUCGAGAAAGGAAAGUGCAUUGAGGCCAACUACGCCAUACGACAUGACGGAACCAUCCGGGUGUUCAACUCGCAGUUCUAUAAAGACAAGGUGAGGACAGCAGAGGGGACAGGAGUGGUCUACGACCCGAGAGAACCGGCUAAAAUUGGCGUCAGCUUCUCCUACUUCACCCCCUACAGCCCAUACUGGAUCUUGACCACUGACUACACCAGCCUGGCCGUCGUCUACUCAUGCACCGACAUCCUGCGACUGUUCCGUGUGGAGUACGCCUGGAUCCUGGGACGCUCACGCUUCCUUCCCCCGGACUCGGUGCGCUACGCUCAGGAUAUUCUGAUCAGCGAGGGCGUGGACCUGUUCAAGAUGUCCGCCACCGACCAGACAGGAUGCAAGGACAACUAGACUGGAAUGGGCACUGCAUGCUGAUAAUAGAAUAACCUCAUCACUUAAUUUCACUGGAUGAAUGUUUAGAUCAUUAUUAUAACCAUCAAAUGAACAGCAUGUACUUAUAUCUUCAAAUGUUCAGAUUUUUUUUUUUUAUUAAAAGACAAUUUUUUGUGAUGGAGAUUGUAUAAUUUUAUUAUAAUACAUGCAAUUUAUUAUUUAUUGAUCGAUUUUAAUUUUGACGGCUGCUCUGUAGAUAAAAGGGGACAAACCGACCAAUAACAACAACACUGUACUGAAUACUACAUACUCGAGUAUCAUUUUAUUUGAACAAAAUUGAAAUGAUAUUAUUGGUAUAUAGGCUAUGCAACAUUUUGUACCUGAUAGUAUACAAUAUUGAAAUAAAUAUUAUCCUUGUGAUUAAAAAGAAA